UCCUGGUGUAACUGUUAAAUCUUAAAUGAAAAAUUUUCUUCUUCUGUCAUCAUCAAUGGUCCAACCUGUAACUCUCUCAUUCAUCACUCUCUUUUAGAAACCAAACCUCAUAAGAAACAGAGAAACUUCUCUCUCUUUCUCUUACAGCUUCCAUGUCUGAAACCAACAACAAAGCUUAACUCUUUUGUAAGUAAGUAAGCAAGCACAAACCCUAUGAACUUUUCUCGAGAAAAUAUGAUCAAGACAACUCAGAAUCUCCUCUCUCCUUCAUCACUUCCACGAUCCAACACAAACUUGGAUCUAAACAGCAAGAUCAGUCCAAGCAUUCUCCUCAUUAUCAUAAUCCUCUCAAUCAUCUUCUUCAUCUCCGGUCUCCUCCAUCUCUUAGUCAGGUUCCUCCUCACGCCAUCGAGCAGAGACAGCGAAGAUUACUUCGACAACGUCACCGCUCUUCAAGGCCAGCUUCAGCAGCUUUUCCACCUCCACGACUCAGGAGUCGACCAAUCCUUCAUCGACACGUUACCAGUUUUCCAUUACAAGUCCAUCAUUGGUCUCAAGAAUUACCCUUUCGAUUGCGCCGUGUGUCUCUGUGAGUUCGAAACAGAGGAUAAGCUCAGGCUUUUGCCUAAAUGCAGCCACGCCUUUCACGUUGAUUGUAUCGACACGUGGCUUCUCUCUCACUCGACUUGUCCUUUGUGCAGAUCGAGUCUCCUCUCUGAUCUCUCUCCUCAGCGAGAUCACCGUCCCUCGUUUCUCCUCGUUCUUGAAUCCGCUAGUGAUCAUAGCUCGAGAGAGAUUGCUUGUGUGGCUGACAAUGAUGCGCAUACUAAUGCUCAUUCACGGUCCAAUUCUCAACUGGGGUUUGUUGGUAGCAAUUAUCUUGGACCCACCCGGUUGGGUUCGGGUCGUGGAGACCAAAACCAAGAUGGUGAGUUGGGUGGUUCGGUUGAAAAGGUUGGUCCUUUUGCAGUUAAGCUAGGGAAGUUUAGGAACACUGAUAUUGAAGAAGGAAGUAAUAGCAACAAUAACAUUGUUAGUAGCAGCAGUUUAGAUGAUAGGAGGUGUUUUUCAAUGGGGUCAUAUGAGUAUAUUAUGGAUGAAGAAACUGCACUUAAGGUUCAUGUUUCAACCAAGAAAGUACCAAGCAAGAACCGUCCCGUGCCCGGCCACAGGAUGGCUAUGUCUGAAUGCGGGUUUGAUCCAUCAGGGAGAUUGAAAUUCAGUGGCAGCGGAUCGAUGAGGAUCGCGGAAGAGGCCACCGAGAAUAAUGUAGUUGGAAGGGAGAGUUUUUCGGUAUCGAAAAUUUGGUUAAGGGGUAAGAAAGAGAAGCCUAGUAAGGUUGAAGGCAAAGUGGAUGGGUCAUUGGCUUCAUCAUCUUCAGGAAGAGCAUUCUCUUUCGGGUUAUCGAACCAGGAUGCGAAAAAGGAAAGCAGUUGUGAAGAAGUGAAUCAAAAGGGCGAAAACGAGUCAUCUUUGGAGGUGAAAACACCAUCUUUUGCUAGGAGGACUAUGCUUUGGCUUGCAGGGAGACAAAACAAGGUUGUUCAUUCUUCUUCUCCAUCUAAUGUCUAGUUUCUAUAUACAUAUUUCUUUUCAAGUUUUAGUUAUUUUUCAAUUGUUAAUUUUGUAUUAGUCCUCAUAAGUGCAAAACCAGAUGAAUCAUUGUAGAAACACGGUGUUGAGAUUUAUUGUUAGACAUAGAGGUCGAGAACAUUUUGGUGCGUCA